AUGUCGAGGGUGGAGAAGUACUUCAAGUACCAGGAAAUUUCUGAUGAACAGAAGGUGGCUUUGGCUUCGUUCCACCUAGAAGGUGAUGCCAACCAAUGGGUUAUGUGGUUGGAAGAGGAGUUCGAACAAAGUGAUUCAGCAGUCUCGGGUACAGCCAAGGAAGAAGUAAGCGACAUAGCAAAGGCUACAGCAGAUGAAAUCAAAAAGCAUGCAGUUGCAGUCACCUUGACUAGAUUCUCUAUAAUUCCAACAAGCCAUGGCUUCACCAGGCAGGAAACCGAUUUUGUUAAGGCACUGCGAGCUGCAAACUUGUCUGUGCUCGUCACAACUCUGAACAAUGAAUAUCUCUCACUUGCAUUUGAUUUCAACAAGGAUGCCACUUACACAGUUACACGCUGA